AUGCAGUCCAUGCAAUUUCACCCAGCUUACUCGCCUUUCGGUCCCCGUCAACCUCGUCCUCGAUUUUGCCUCUUUCGUCCCGAUGGGGUCUGCGCUCCUUUGAUCCCAUUAGAUGAGCUGCCUUCAUGGCUACAAGUGCGCAGCUUGCCUCCGGAAAUGUACAUGGGACUACAGCCUGUCACGCUGAGUUUCAUACCACGGGAAGGUGAAUACGACAUCUUCUGUAACCAUUGCUCCAGCAGCGUCGACUCCACGCAUACGAGUGUAUCUGAGAGGAAUUCGGGCACGCCGUCAUCCACAAAUUCCUCCGCCAGUCAGACCAGGGCUCGGAGUUGUCCCGCUGUUUUGCCCAAAUCGAUGACAGAUCCCGAUGCGUCGAGUACCAGUGCAAAGAUUCCCAUGGUAUUUCCUGUGCCAGUGACUGGGCAACCUCCUUUCACCGCAUCUCUUCAAUUUCCAUUCAUUGGGCUCUAUGGACUCAACAUCCCUGUGAUGACCCCUCAAAGUUUUGAUCCUUUUACUGCACCACAGAAGACUUCUACCUCCGCCGCUUCAUGUGCAUCAAGCCCGGAUAGUCGUCCCCCGGAACCGACGAGCUCCUUUGCUCAAAUUCCAGUUAAUCAGCCUGGGACUCCCGCGAGAUCUCUCCAUCCCGACUUGGACUUGGAGUCCCCUGAGUCCCCUGGUGUCAGAGACAGAAUACUGGAGGCGACAAGAUCCGCGGCUGGUCUGGCAGAUCAGAUGAAAGCUGCUGCAGCACUCGCGACUUCUAUUUGCUCUAUGGCGGAGGGUAGUGUUGCUUCGGAAAUAUCCCUGACUGCGGCCGUGGAGCAACUGAAGAAACGGAUGUCGAAAAAGUAUUCCCUGUCCAGAAAGAACAGUAUUCACGAUCGCAAAAAAUCCGAGAUAAAGUUGCCCAAGGCUAAACGUUCCCGCCCAACAAAUCCUGAGUCAAAUCAACUUGGUCAGGAAUUACCCAUUACAAAAGAAUUUGAUACUAAGGAUUGGGACAUUGAUUGGCCGGACGAGACCAAGGAGUACGAACUUGAAAUUGAGCAACUCGUGAGCAAGCCGAACUCACAGCAUUCCAGUUCCAGGGUCCAUAAGGUUCAUUCAGCAGUUCGCCGACAUGCUAAAUUUCAUCGUCGACGUCGUCGUGCGGACAAGCUCAAGGAGGCUGAUUUGCUACUCCCUAUCGAUGCAAUUGAUGAAGCCAUGCUUGCAGAGAAGGAGGCUAAGCCAGAGCAACCAAACUCAUCCACCAAGCGACGAGAGAGACGCGAGCGUUUGGCCGACCGCUUAGUUCAUGGUAGCAAGGAUGCAGACCCCAAGAGUCGGUACUGGCAUAUGGUGGCUCCAAAUCGGCAUGAUAAUAUGCGACACAAUUGA